AUGUCACCCACUACGACCCCAAUGACCUUCUACGACAUCGCCCUCGCACCGCCUAUUGAAAAAUCCGCCUGCUCCCCAAAUCCCUGGAAAAGCCGCUUCGCCCUGAACUUCAAAAAUAUUUCCUACAAAACAACCUGGGUACCCCUACCCGACAUCAGCUCCGUCCGCGGCGCUCUCAACAUCCCCGCCUCGCGCAAAUUCGCCGACGGAUCCCCCUACCACACCCUCCCCGUUCUCUCCGAUCCAGCCACCGGACGCAUAGUGGGCGACUCCUUUGAAAUCGCGACAUACCUGCAGGAACAAUAUCCGUCGUCGGGCGCGGGGGACUUGUUCCCGGAACAAGAGCUGGAGUUCGUCUUUGGGCGGGAUUUGGGGCUUUACGCGCCAAUUGCGGAGGCGCAGGCCGCGGAGGGCCCUGCUGUAGCAUACGCGAAGUUCAAUGGGAAUGUCGAUGCUGUGUUUAGUGCGCAUGCGCAGCUGACGGUGGAUGGUUUCCCGUUUGAUCCUGCUAUUGCGGAGGAGUGCAAAGCGAUGUUCGCGAAGAGGAUAGGGGUGCCAUGGGAGGCUCUGGCGGUUAGUGGGGAGGAGAGGCGGGAGUUGUUGAGGACGUUUGAGGAGACACUAGGUGGACUUGCGAAAUUGUUUAUGGGUGAUGCGAGUGGGCCGUUUCUGUUGGGGAGUAAGGCAAGUUAUGCGGAUUUCAUUGUGGGUGGGUGGUUGCGUAUGAUUCGGGUCAUGUUGCCCGCGGAGGAGUGGGAAGCGUUGAAGGGGUGGCAUAGCGGUGUAUUUGGAAAGUUACAUGAGGCGCUAGAGGUGUUUGCGCAGAUGGACUAG